AUGGCGAAGCUCGAGGGACCGGAGGGUAAGGACGCCGCCGUGGAGGUGCCCCUGCGCGAGGACGUCGUCGAGGCUGCGAAUAUCGCGCCCGCGAGGGAAGACGAGGACAAGGGCGGGGGCAAUAAUCUCGCCGCCGCCGCCGCGGUUCUCGCGCGGCGGAAGGAACGACUCGCGAGCGGCGGCGGCGAAGGCGGCGGCGCCGAGGGGUUCGCGCGCGUCGCGUUCGAGGCUGCGAUGCGACGACGGCAGAGUAAAGUUCGCGAGGCGCACGAGAAGCUGCGGGCGGACGCGCUGAGAGCCGUCAACGCCGCGGCGGACGACGAGACUGAUCGCGAGGAGGAAGCCGCCGCCGCCGCCGCCGCCGCCGCCGCGAAGACGAAGAAGAAGACGUCGUUCAAGUCCGCGGUCGCGAAGCUCGGCCUCGCGAAGAAAGACGACGACGCGUCACUGCGCGACGUCGUCCUGGACGCGGCCGCCGCGCGGGCGGAGGAGAAGGAGAAGGAAGCGAUCGCGGAGGCGGCGCGACUCGAGAAGAAGCGCGAGCGAACGAUCGCGAUGCACGGCGUCCUUCGAUCGCGCGCGCGGUCGCGGCUCGGGCCGCGGUACGACGCGCUGCUCCUCGGUCCGCGCGGCGCGGAUAACAACGCGAAGGAGGAAAAGCCGGAGGGGCGCUGGGCGAAGCGAGAGCGCGAAUACUGGGAAGGACAGGACGCCGACGCCGCCGCGGAUCCGCCGCCGUCGCCGUCUGAAUCGUACUGGCGCGACCUCGACGCCGCGGAGAACGCGCGCGGGGUGGACGUGCAAGUCUGGGAGUCCGCGGACGAGGACGACGACGACGACGACGACGCCGACGACGACGCCGCCGACGACGACGCCGGCUCCGAGGCUGCGCCGGAGGAGGAGGAGGAGGACGACGACGACGACGCCGGCUCCGAGGCGUCGUUCAUGUCCGAAAAGGUUCGAAAAAUCGAGGCGAAGAUUCGGCGUGUCAACGACGACGCCGCGGCGGCGCUCAAGCUCGAGACGGACGCGAAGGCUGCGGAGGAGGAGUACGAGAUGAAACGCCGCGCGAGCGCGGCGAUGCGCGCGGCGCUCGCCGCGGACCAGGCCCGCGCGCUCGCGGCGUCGUGGACGUUCCGCGGCGCCGCCUACGCGACCGUCGUCGGGCCCAAGGCGGAUCGAAAACUGAAACGCGCGCUGACGGAGCGUUUCGUCUCCGCCAUCGCGACCGAGGCGAGGAUCGACAGCGCGCGCGUCAGGGUCGUGGGGUACGCGAUGGAAGGGAACGCGCCCGCGGGCGGCGGGCCGCUCGUCGUGCACGUGGAGGUCGACAUGAAACCCCGAGAAGGCUCUCGAUUCGCCGCCGCCGCCGCCGACGAAGACGCGAACGAAGACGAAGACGAAGACUCGAAGGAGGCGGUCGAAGCGCGUCGCGCGAGAGCCGCGGCGCGAUGGGACGACCUGAGAGACCUCCACGCGGCGUUGUACGCCGUCGCCGCGAACGGCGUCAGAGGGGACGCGGGCGAGAACCCGAAGACGGCGGUCGCCUACGACCUCGGCGUCGGCGAGCUCGUCGUCAAGGGCACGGGCGCGCGCGGAGAGUUCCCGCCGCCGCCGCCGCCGCCGCUCGUGGACAUGAUCGAGGACGAGCUCGACAUGAUCGAGAUUCUGUCUCCGCCCGGGAGCGCGUCGCCGCCGCGGGCGCGGCGGCGGAGGACGUCCGCGGCGACGACGGAGUCGGCGAAGCCGCCGCGGCCGCGCGCGUCCGCGGCGUCUUCGCGUCCUUCGGUCGAACGGCGCGCGUCCAUCGGCGCCGUCUCCGAAGUUCCAAGCGACGGCACGGAAUACCAGCAGCUCAUCCCGUCGGACGACGACGAAGAGAACGACGACGAAGAGAACGACGACGAAGAGAACGACGACGAAGAGAACGACGACGAAGAGAACGACGCCGGCGCCGGCGCCGCCGACGACGUCUCCGUCGCGGACUCGAGGGCGUCGGCGGCGUGGGAAUACAAACCCAUGUCCGCGCUCAUCGGCGCCGUCGGCGGGCACUGGGGCCGCCAGCGCGCGUUCCCGCCCGGGGAGCGUCGGUACAAGGCCCCGACGUUAGAGCACGCGGUGAACAAGCUCGCGGAGGUGUCCGGCGCGCACGCGAAACACUUGCUGCGACGCCGCGACGAAAACGGAGACACCGCCAGCGAGGAGGACGAAGACGCCGACGCCGACGCGGGCGACGACGCGGGGCGGAGAGCGGAGAGAGCGCGCGCGGGGCUUCGCGAGCACGCCGCGGGGGACGUCGCGCGCGCGGCGUCGCGGAGACACGUCGCGGCGAGGCUCGCCGCCGGCGCGAUGGGCGACGGCCUUCCGUCCGCGGGCGGCGACUCGCGUUUGAAUUCGGGGUGCCGAAACCCGCGCGCGGAACGCCUCGCGGCGCGGCGCGCGACGAUAGAUAGAUAG